ACGUUUUCAAGCCAAGGACUGUCGGGUCGAGCCAGGAUAAGCAAUCACAGCAAAAUCAAAGUGAUUGUUGUGCCGUUCACGCACACCGAUCCAGGGUGGCUAAGGACGUUUGACUCGUAUUCCAAAGACACGGACGACACCUUGGAUGCGAUGUAUGACUUUCUUCGGACACAUCCGGAUAUGACGUUCAUGUGGGCGGAGACAAUUUUUCUGGAACAUUGGUGGCGCGAGCAAAACGAUACCGUCCGCAAAGACGUCAGA